GUAUUACCAGGAAACAGCAGCUUGGUGGCCAUGGAAAGUGGGUACAAGGGAGGCUGUAGCUUUGCAGCUGGUGUCUGAGAGCAGUCUGACUCCUCAGCUCUCUUCUUUAACAUCCCCAAACUGCUCAGAACCCAAUAUUACCUUGGAAAAGGCUGUUUUCCCUGAUGCAUUUCCUCUCACAGCUCUAACCGAAUGCCUCUACAGCACUGGCACCUCUUUGCCUCAUCUUUUCUAAUGCGCACAGGAGGGGUUUGGCCUGUUCCCUCUGGCCCCUCUGAAACAAUAAGAGGGGAGGUUUAGGAGAGGCUGAAGCCUUUGUUGAUCUGUACUUGGGUGCUUGUCUUUCUGAGAGUGAAGCAACAAAGAGGGAGAGCAGGGUUUGUGAGGGGAUCUGAAGAAGAACUGGAGGCAGGGAAGCUGAGAAACUUAUAGCAAAGAAAAGCUGGGCAGAGACAAAUAAGUUAGGAAACUAAAAUAAGGAAAGUUAGACAUGAAAAAAAGAGAAAAAAUAAUGAAAUAAUGUGGACUUGAGUGUGACUUGGAAAGGAACCUAAGUGUAAGAUUGAGCUCAGGGUAGAGUCAUGUCCAACUGAGGUUUGAGUAUCUCCAAGGAUAUUCAGACUGAGCUUUCACAUCCCUUCCUGGGCUGCCUGUCCCAGUGCUUCACCCCUCCUGCUAUGAAGAGGCUUUAUCACUAUGUCUGAUGAGAAUUUCCCUUCUCACAACUUGCAGCUGCUGCCUCUUGUGCUUUGGCUGUGCCACUGAGGAGACCCUGGGCACCCGCCUCCCCUCAUGCCUUGCACGCCUAGCACAGGGAAGCAAUGGCCUCCCUCCCCCUGGCAGCCCUCACCCGCUGUGUGCAGCCUCCUAACUGCACCCCUGCUGGGGCUCUAAGGGCAAUGUACUGGCCCAGCCACGGCCACCCAGCACUCUGAGGUGCUGGUCCCCAUGCUGAAGCCUGAUGGCCCAGCUGGUCACCAGUGUUGCAGUCCUUGGCCAGUCCAUAAGGCCCCAGUCAGUCACACGGGUGCUCAGGGAAACCAGGACAAGAAAACAGGGAAACAACUGCUCUUCCCUCAUCUGCAGGGAAUAAUCACUUCCCUUGAACCCAUAGGUGUCUCACUGGGUUUUUGUUUGUUUGUGGGGUUUUUGCCUUCUGUUUGCAUUAUGCACUUGUAAAUGUAAAGACUACUAAGGUAUGGUUAUGAGUCAUGUCAGGAUGUAGCAGGCAACUUUCUCCAGCCAUUUGCAUGAAACUUUUUUUUUUUUUACUACUUUGUGCAAAUAAACCAAGGGUACUUUGUGCAAGUAAAAGGACAAUGCUUCUGAAGUUGAGGCCCUCCUGAUGGCUUUUGUUCUAAAUGUUGGCCUAAUUUCCUAAAUCAAACAAACCAGAAGAUAAAAUGAGUUCCAUGAGCUGUGACAUGAGGCACAACACCAGUCAUGGCCUCUGGUGGGAACCAGAGGUGUGAUGAAAAUAGCCUGAGGGCAGAAGUAUGGGGCUAGCAGUAGUUGGGUGUUGUCAGUGCUCUGGCAUCUAAACUGGUUGUGCUUAAUUAGGAGCAGGUAGGGAUGUCAAAGGCCAGGUGAGAAGAUUCUGUUCAUCUAGGUAACAGUAUUAUUAAUCACAUGUGGAGCUGUAAUUGUACAGGAAAUGGCAUAAGAAACACCAGAGUGUGGUGCCAGAGUAAUAGAUUUGGUAUCAAUGAAGAAAAGGAAUUAGGAACGAGUUGUUUAUUUUGGGGAAUCUAGGGCAGAAGAAAGGAGAUGCAACAACAGUGAAAGGGUGGGUUCAAGGGAAGUUAGAAAUGGAAAAAAGGGUAUAAAAUGAAGAAGGACAGCAAGAAAUGGGAGGGUCUUGUGACAGGAGGAGUGCAGCUGAGUCCAGGCAGUGGUGAAGCUGCUCUAUGGGCCCAACUACACUCUCCACAAGUUUUAUGUCUGAAAGUCAGUGUAGGAGGGGGGAGUCAGAGGGGAUAAAGUUCUAAGUAAGGAUAGACUCUCACCUUAAUACAUGCAGGAGGCAAGGCAGCAGAAUUGCAUUUUAAUAGCACCUACUAGUGAGUUUUAAGUUUUCUUUUUAACAAUUUAGCCACUUUAUAAUAAUGUAACCACUGUAUCAAUAUAGUAAGCAGUAGAAUUGUAACUCAAUAUUACUUGUAGUGAUGAGAUUGUGAAGUAAUAUUGCUACUAAUAGUGGUAUUUUUAUUAUCCAGUUAAGGUAUUAGCUCUUUUUAAAAAGAUAUGUUGCCUAAUCAAUAAACAUUAAAAUCACCCUAAUCAUUUACAUCUCUAGUCUCAAAACUAAUGGGGGAGAGGUUAUCUUAGGGAGCAAGAAGUACAGUAGCAACACAGAAGACAAACUGAUCUUGUUUAGAAGACUUUGUUAAUUUUUUUAAUUGUUCAUCUACUGCUUUUGGUGCUCUUGAUGCUAAUCCAUGUAUAGGAAGAUACAGUUACUAUCUUGGCAAUCUUACAAAGGUCUCUUUCUAAAGUAGGAGUCUGUGGAGACUUUCCUAGUAUUGACAGUAGAGUGAAAUGGGAGGGUGGAAGGAGAGAAAUGAGGACUGGUCACCCAUUGCCUAAUUUUUGUAUCUUCUUAAAGGCAGUUGCUUGACAGAGACUAGAUAGUGUGAACUCCUGCAUAAAAAAAAAAACCCAUACAAAGAAAAAAAUCUCAGGUUGUUAUUGGGCAGCCGGAUUAAAAAAUAAUAAUAAUUAAAAAAAGGUGCUGAUGGGGAAGAUAGAGAAUUGCUUAUUGCUAACCUGAUGAUUCUCGAUACCUGAUAGAAGUGAUUCAUGUUUAACUACCCUUAUCAAGCCAAACUUGGGUCGCUUCAGGUGUUAUCACUCUAGUUAGCUACUUUUUAGCUUUGCCUAAUGUGGCACAUAGUCCUUAAGGCAGUUCAGAAAUAGCUGCAUGCUGAGAGCAUUGAUCUUCAUGCCUUUUUAUGGCAUUUCACUAUGAUCCAUAAAGCAGUUACAAAAGGAGCAUACAUCGGGGCAUGGGAUCUUUAUUGCCUCUUCCCCUGUCCCUUGGCCAAUGGCAGUGGCUCUGAGGUGACACGUCUUAACAUAUCUGUAUCACAGCCAUGUGAGCUUCCCUCAAUACUGGCUAUUAUAAAGAGAAAUUAAUUUGUCUGAGUAACAAUCUGCUCUAGAGUUUAUUUCUAGGAAGAAAUAUUAGGAACGCACUGUUUGUGAGUGUUACUGGCAGUCUGUGAAGAACAGAAGGUAUGUCAUUGUCAACUGACUAGGACCUUGUCCCUGAGCUCUACCUUAAGAGGAGCUACUUAAAGCUCAGGUUAUUCUAUAACCACCUGGAGCUGGAAGCAGCUCCUGUGUACACUAGCAGAGCAGGACAUGUCCCACAGCCAUUGCAUUCAUUUCACACAGGUCACUAAACAGCACUGGAAAGUAACAGCCUUCAGCAGCAGCUCAAACAGAACUUGCAGCGAUGACAGCGUCUCUGCAGGGGCUUCUGCCAGGUCAUGUGAGGCCAUUUUAAGACUGUGUGUUUUAGCUGAAUGUUCAGGAGUCACAAUACAUGGGUACAGUUUGGCAUGGGAAAUAACACGAUACAGCUAUUGCUUAAUAGGCAGCAUUAAUGCAUUCUGGACAGUACUGAUUCAGUAGAAAAUAUAGUCCUUUUAAGUUGCUUUUAAGCUAACUCUGUCUCAGAUGAAAUAGUUCAGAUGUGUGACAGACUGGGAGAAAGUGGCAGCAGUGAAUAUAUGGUAAAAUAAACCCAUUUCCAUGAAUACUCAAUGCUGCCCACAUGGCCCCACCAAUACUACAGCCUGGGGCUCAGAAAGCAGUAACCUGGAAAGCCUGAUGUCACUGUGCUGCCCAGCCAGAAACCAUUAAUGUGGUGCUUUGGUAUCUCUGCAGAUAGUUACCCAGCUCCUGAGAUCCUGCCACACUGAAAUGAAUGUCGAGGUGAGGCCCACCUGCCUCUCCUUCUAUUUGGGCUUAUUGAAGGAGAGCAGAGGAUACGCAGUUUCUGUAGGUAACUGGGAGUUACCUCCAUUUGACGUGCUUCAUUUCACAACCCACACUCCUACUCUUAAAAAUACGUUUCACCCACAGAACCAUUACCUCACAGCCUUUUAUUUCCUUUUCUUUUUGGCUGAAUCUUCUAACCUACUUAACCGAACAAAAAAAAAAAAAAUUUCCCCCACAGGCUCUUAUCUCUGGUUAUAGCACCAGGAAGGAGUGCUGGGGCUGCAUUGGGCACGAUGGAAUUUGCCAUGGGGAAACCCGCUGAUGACAGUGGAAUCCGCCCGCCUGUGAAAUCCCACGGCUCCCACCACCCCUUUAUAAGCAGGUGGAGGUGUGGCAGGGCGAGCAGGCAGCAGCUGAGCACUCGCUGGGGCACAGCUGCAGAGGAGAUGGCUGGCUUGAGGAAGAAGAGCUUGGUCCUGGCUUCCCUGCUGGGGCUCCUGGCGCUGCUCCUGUGCGGCAGCUCAGAGGCUCAAAGCAACCAGGAUUGCUGCCUGUCUUACACCAAAGUACGUCUGCCUCGCUGGGCCCUGAAGGGCUACACUGAACAGCUCUCCAGUGAAGUCUGCGACAUCCAUGCCAUCAUUUUCCACACCCACAGUGGACUGAAAGCCUGUGUAAAUCCUAAGGAAGGCUGGGUGAAGAAGCAUCUUCUUUUCCUGAGCCAUAAGCUCAGGAAGAUGUCGGCGUGAUAUGGUUUCCAGCAGGGAACUAAACACAGACGUGGCUGAAGAACCACUAGGUUCAACCUCUUGGUUGAGGUUGUUGCCUUGUACACUGUUGUGUGCUUACUCACUGCUGUCUCUGGCUUCUUUGGAACCGUUGAACUUCUUGAGUUGAUUCAUAUUGCAUCGCUGUUUUGCUUGUAUUAAGCAUUUUGUUAAAGUUUCUAUUUUUACUAAUAUGCUUAUGUUACUAACAUGAGUACUAUACAGAGUAUGAAUUUUAUUAAGUUUAUUGCAUGUUAUUUUUGUUCAGCCUGUAUAAAGUGAGUUAUUUAUUCUGUUUAUUACUUCUUUGGUACUGUCUUGUGCCUAAAGGUUUCCUUUUAACUGUAGUUAGCAUUAUGACACUUCUUAAACUAUUGUUAAAGUCUGUGGAAAAAAUGAAAGUUGGACUUUUAAAAAAAUAAAUGUUAAAAUCUGCA